GCAACGUGGAGUCGACAGGUCAUCAACGAGCUCGUGUGCAUAAAGGAGAUCCUCCCUGUUCGUCGUUCUCCCUCAUUCGUUGCGUCUCGUUGCGUCGAGUGGUGCAAAGCGACAUCUCGAACCGGCUCUCUCGAGGCCACGCCGCACAGGAGGAGCAGACCGCAUCUCAGACACGCCGUACUAAACAUCUCCAUAUUAAGGGCAGCGCGGAGUAUGAUGAGGCAGUUAGCUGUAGUGCUCCUGAUCCUGCAGGCAAUACAUGGUGCCCUUACAGACGAUGACUUCAUAAAGCAAGGAGGUCUCCCUGUCGUCUGCUACUACUCUGGCUGGGCAACUACGAGGGCCAGUCCUAUGAACUACAACGUAGAAGACAUACCGGGGGACCUGUGCACGCAUGUCAUCCUGGCUUAUGUAGGAGCCGACGGCGAGCAAAAUGACAUAAAGAGCAUUAUACCAUCAUAUGCGAAUAAUACACGACGUUAUAAGGAAUUUGCUAACAUAAAGAAUAAGUUCCUGUUCGUAAAAGCAAUGGUAUCCAUUGGAGGAUGGGAACACGGAGGAGGGUCUCUCUCGAAAGUCGCUAUGAAUCAGCAAACAAGACGCGCUUUCGCCAAGAACGUCGUUAAAUUCCUCCGGGAACAUAACCUCGACGGGGUUGACAUAGACUGGCGAUUCCCAGCCAAUCGUGACCGAGGAGGGUCUCCCGACACAGACGAGAGAAACUACGUCGAACUAUUGAAGGAGCUUUCCAUGAUAUUCAGAGGCAAAGGCCUGGUUCUGACGGCCACUGUCCCAAUCACCCCGUUUUACCUCAACAACGGCUACGACGUUGCAGAAAUGGUCAAGCACGUUGACUGGCUCAAUGUCCUCGGCUUUGAUCUGAGAGGCCGCUGGAAUGGUCGGACUGGAGUACACAGUCCUCUUUACGGCAAGGCGUCCGACAAAGACGACGUCGUAGGAGUCAAUGUAGAGGACGGGAUAAAAAGGCUUCUGAAGCUUGGAGCACCGCAAAAGAAGUUGGUACUCGGAAUUCCAUUCUUCGGUAGAAGCUUUGUGUUGGCGGAUAAGAACCAGCACGGUAUCGACGCACCGGCUAGGCCGUGGGCUGCGAUACCAGGUCCAUACAUUGGAAGUGGUGAGAUUUUGGCGUACUACGAGAUAUGUACGAACAUAGCUGAUGGUAUAGCAACACGAGUAUUCGACAAUGAGACCAAAUGCCCGUAUGCCUAUUAUGAUAAUCAAUGGGUCGGCUAUGAAGAUGAAGAAAGUAUCGGAUAUAAGAUGGAUUUCGUUAUCAGAGAGGGGCUCGCAGGUGUCAUGGUGUUCAACAAUGACAUGGAUGAUUUCCAGUCAUUCUGCGGAACUUCGAAUCCACUCCUUAAGAAAAUAUAUGAGAAGCUGGCGGAAGCGGACGAUGAGUGAACUAUGCAACUCACAAUGCUUCUACAUAAAACUAUCAGCAACCGUA